AUGUCUACUUCAACUUCAACAAAUCCAAUCGCUAUUCCUCCAUUUAUCUUCAAGGACAUGGAAUUUGUCGGGAACGAGAUGGAAUUUCAAGAAUCCUUGUUAACUCUUCUGCCUGAGAAGAUGGUCGAUUUCAAUAGUUUGAAAGUUAAUGGAUAUGAUGUGGAACCCUACUUUGCUUCUCAAGGUUGGAAUAGGUACUUCGAGAUGCUGAACGGUCCAAUCUACCCAGAUCUCCUUAAGCAUUUCUGGAUGAAAGCUAAGGUCUUCUCCAAGUACGAAGCAAAGCACGAAGAACUUCUAGCUAUUGAAAGAAAUCCAAGUCUGAAAGGAAAAUCUCGGAAGGAGAUGGGUCUUCUUGAGUUUACUGGUACUCAGAUUAGGUCAAAUGUCUGCGGCAUAAAUCUCACUUUCUCAAAGGUUCACUUUAAUGCUCUGCUUGGGUUAACAAACUCUAGUAUGAUUUUGGAUAGUUUUGAAAAGGAUAUAAGAUAUAGAGAAGAUCUUCUGCACAUGAUGUUUACAGAUUUAAAACUGAAGGGUAAGGUCAAAGGAAUGACUGAUGAGUGCAGGGUUCUGUUUAAGAUUAUCAUAUCAUCUAUUUGUCCAAGACUAGGUGCGAUUUUCUUCAGCAAGUCUCAGAGGAGAACAACCAUUGUUCAUCCUAGAUUAUUGUCUGAUCUACUCUUUCAAGGGAGAAUAGUGAAGCAGCUUAAGAAGUUUCAUCCAGAACUUGUUGAGAAUAAGAUUACUCCAGAGGUUCUAUCUGCAAACUUCCUAUCCAAAAUGCAUCUCAUCAACACCAAAGUGGUUCAACCUGCACAAGACUUUCAAGUUCGAACAGGUGAUCCAUUUUAUGUGGAUGGGUAUCCUAUAGUCUCUGAAUUGGAUUGUGAAGAGGUUAUUCAGAACUAUUUGAAAGCGCUUAAGGGAGAAGGUUAUGUGGUCACUAGGGAUAUGGUACCAAAGGAGCCAACUGUCAGCAUGUACAACCCUAAAAAAAGGAAGUCCAAAAGAAAGGCUGAAACUCAAGAGGAUCAAGUUCAGCCAGAUCUUCUGGCUCAGAAGAAGAUCAAGGUAGAACAAGCUGUUGCUGAACAAAGGACAAAGCAGAAGCAUGAAGAACCUGCUGAAAAGCUGACUCAGAAGAGACACUCUGAUGAGGAAACUCUUGCUGAUAGGCUUCGGAAGAAACAAGUUCCUGUAUCUAAAGGUAAGGAUCCUAAGAUCUCUUUUAAUGAAGCUGAAAUUGGAUUAGGUUUCACAAAACCUCUUAGAACCAUUCACCCUGACCCCAUUAAUAUUUCAGACUCAGAAGAACAAAGUUGUUCAACUGAUGAGCUGAUCAAAGAAGGUAAGAAAAGUCUUUCAAAACUUACCUCCUCUGAUAAGUCUCAGCAGAAGGACAAACAAGUUCUCUCUGAAGAUCCUAUAACUGAACUAGAAAAACAUCUGAGCCCAAAUACUCUGAACAAUCAUCCUUUCUCUCACGAAACUACCAAACCCAAAUCACCUACCAAACCAAAAUCUCCUGUUAAACCCAAAUCACCACAAAAUCAACCACAAAAAGAAACAUCUGCCAAACAAACAUCUGAUCCACAACCAAAAAAAUCUCCUGAACCCAUACACUCUCCCACCAAACACUCUACUCAAACCUCUCCUACCAAAUCUCCUGAACCAACUACUGAACCCACAAACUCUGAACAAAAUUCUGAACCUAACCCAACCCCAAGUGCUGAACAUGUAUCUCCUGAACGUGUUCACACUUGUGCUCCUUGUCCCUUAGAAGUAGAUGUUGUUGAUAAUAUCAACUCUGCUCCUGAAUCAUCCAAGCCUUACACAAUUCCUUAUACCUACCCCACAACAUCUGACCCUUUUAGAAGCCUAUCCAAUCAGCUUUAUGAUGAUCUUUUAAGGUUGUCUGAACUUAAGAACAGGCUCUUGGUUUGUCCUUCUGAUGUGGAUGUUGAGGUGUCGGCUCUCAAGGCCAAGAUAUGUGAUACACUGGAUAUGGUUGGUAAGAACAUCAAAGCUGAGAUUGGUAAACGGGACAUGAAAGUUGUCAGUCUGAUGAGGGAAGCUAUUGCAAGAGCAAGUCUGAAGAGAUUGACCAUGUUUAACCAUGAAGAAGCUGAGACCUCUAGGGCUGCAGCUAAAGCGGCUGAUGAUAUGCUACUUCAUAUGUUCAAGAACUGCUGGGUGGACUCCAAUUUGUUCAAGUGCUUAGAGGAUCAGAGGAUUGAGACUGAGAGGAUUGCUCAAGAGGCUGCAUUGCUAGAUCAAGAACAAGUUCUUAUGAUUGAUUAUCCAGAGGAUGGUGGAUCUUCCUCUGAUAAUGGAAAAGCCCCUAUGGAAGCAGAUAUGGAUCAUCUAAGGGUUUUGGAGCAAGCUAUUGAAGAACAGAGGUCAGAUCACCAAGUUCUUGCAAGCAAGGUGGAUAAGUUGGAUUCCAAAGUGGAUAAUCUGAAUAACAAAUUUGAUAUUAUCAUCGCCCUCCUCCAAAAACCCUAG